CCAGAACUCCAGCGUGGUAAAAUUGACGUCGAGGGACGCGUCAAAUUAAUCCCAACAAACUUCAGCCUCUGGGAUAACUCAAUUUUGCCUUUAUCAGAUGAGGAUCACUUCAGUGCCGUCGUACAAAGCAUUUUCUCUCUAAGCACUGUGAUAGAAGAGGGAGAAGAACAAUUGGAAGGAGUCUUUUAAGAAGUCCACAUUUUUUCUUCAACGUUUUGCUUCCUUCGUGCAGAAGGGAGAACCACCGCAUUCAACCAUUGAGGGGCAACUAUUUCAAAGCAUCUCGAACCACAGGCAAAUGGAGCAAACCUAUGGCGAGGUGAAUCAGUUGGGUGGUGUAUUCGUCAAUGGACGACCUCUGCCUAACGCCAUACGACUACGGAUAGUGGAGUUGGCCCAGCUCGGAAUCAGACCCUGUGAUAUUAGUAGGCAACUUCGCGUCUCUCACGGCUGUGUGAGCAAGAUAUUAGCUCGGUACAGCGAAACAGGUUCCAUUUUACCCGGUGCCAUCGGGGGGAGCAAACCACGGGUUACCACACCGAAUGUAGUGAAGAACAUAAGGGAUUACAAACAAGGUGACCCGGGGAUAUUUGCCUGGGAGAUCCGGGACAGACUACUAGCAGACGGAGUUUGUGACAAAUACAACGUGCCCUCAGUCAGCUCCAUUAGCCGGAUUUUACGCAACAAGAUUGGAAAUCUUUCCCAGCCAAACCAGUAUGAGAGUAGCAAGCAAGCCCCCACACAGGCCGGCCUCUCUUACAACCACAUAUACCCUUAUUCAUAUCCCAAUGCUAUGUCACCCAAUGGCAAAAUGGGCAGCGGUCCCGGAGUACCCGUGACGGCCGGGCAUGUAAACAUAUCAAGGGCCUGGCCAUCGGCGCACACUGUCACCAACAUUCUGGGUAUCAGGGCCUUCAUGGAUCAUCAAGCAAUUGCUGGAGCAGAGGGAUAUCCACAGAAAAUGGAAGACUGGAGUAGUAUCAACAGAGCGACGUUUCCCUCGGCUCAUGCGGUCAACGGAAUUGACAAAUCAGCCAUUGAUGCAGACAUAAAAUAUGCACAGCCCUCGUCAACAUUAUCCAGUUAUGUCCCUGCUUGUGCCUACUCACCUUCAAACCAGUACGGCGUUUAUAGCGCGCCAGGUAGCUAUGUGACCCCUGGGCACCCUUGGCAGUCCCAGAACUCGAGUUUGUCCCACCCAAGCAGCGGCAUGACGAUGCACGCUGGAGACAUCCACUCUUCAAUGCCGUUCAAACAUCCAUCGCGAGAAGGAGACAGAAAGCCCCCCAGUCCCCUAAACAAGCAACUGCAGCAAGAGGCGUUGAGCAGUGUACACGGACUCAAUCUCCCUACCUCAUCCUCGUAAUGCCAGGGAGCUCGUGCAGCAAACCGAGCACUCAAAACUCACAGUAGGACUAUGUAAGGAGCUGCAGACCCUUAUCUAUUUGAGGGCAUUUCAAGAAUACAAACAGUAAGUGCAAGCACUAUUUAUGAUUUGUUUGCCAAAGUGUUAACUAUUGAAUGGGCCCUUAUAGCCUAACACAUGUGCAUACAAAUGUAGCCAAAUAUAGAUAGACUACAGUCGGUCUGUGGCCAUAUGAAUGUAAACUUAUGAGGAUGUUGAACUGAAUUGGAGUCUCCUGUCCUCAUGCAGCAGAAUUAGUGUUUGGUGGUUAUGUAGUCUUUUCAUUGAACUACUUCAUGUAUAUUUCUGUAAAAGACUGCAGGAUUUAAAUGCAAUCAUGUCUGUCAUUGAUGUUUCAUUAAACAAGUUUGCUAUAGUUGACAAUGGAACUGUAUCCUGUACACGCAGUAAAUUGUUUUCUUAAUUGGUUACAAAUCUGGUUUCUACAGACCAACUCAACGAUGUGAACAAAGUGAUACAGUGUACAUGUAAAAUAGAUAAUUGCAAAAGCUUUAAUUAUAUAUUUUUAUAAAUCCAUUGUAAAUAUUCUAAAUAAAGGCAUUGUAAAAUAUAA